AUGGCCACGCUUGCCGACUCUUCUCCGGCGCCGCACGUCCUGGUCGUCCCGUGCCCGGCGCAAGGCCACAUGCUGGCGCUCCUCGACCUCACCGGCCUCCUCGCGUCCCGGGGCCUCCGCCUGACCGUCGUCGCCACACCCGCCACCGCGCCACAGCUCGCGCCGCUCCUGUCCGCGCGCUCACGCUCCCGUUCCCCUCCCACCACGCCCUGCCCGCGGGCGUCGAGAGCGCCAAGCAUCUGCCCCCGGCGCUCAUCGUCGCCUUCGCCGGCCUCCGCGGCCCGCUCCUCUCCUGGGCCCGAGCUCGUGCGGACGGCCCGGACCGCGUGGUCGCCGUGCUCUCCGACUUCUUCUGCGGCUGGACGCAACCGCUGGCUGCCAAGCUCGGCGUACCGCGGGUCGUGUUCUCGCCAUGUGGCGCUGUACCGGACGUUCCGAGAGGGCGACGACGUCUCCGAGGGCCUCCGGCGGAACUACCUCUGGAACCUCGACAGCUCUGGCGGGUUCGUGCUCAACACGUUCCGCCGCCUCGAGGAGCGGUACCUGGAGGCGCCGCUGGCGGACAUGGGCUUCCUCCGCGCGCGAGCGGUCGUCCCGCUGGCUCCCAUGGCCGACGCCGCGGGCAACCGCGGCGGGGAGGCGGACGUGGCCGCGGCCGACCUGUGCGCGUGGCUCGACGGCUUUGACGACGCCUCCGUCGUGUACGUCUGUUUCGGGAGCAUGGCGGUGCUGCAGGAGCCUCACGCGGCGGCCAUGGCCGUGGCACUGGACCGGACGCGGGUGGCGUUCGUGUGGGCGGCCGGCCCCACGGCGCCGCUGCCGGACGGGUUCGAGGAGCGCGUGGCGGCGGCGGGAGGCAGGGGCACGGUGGUGCGCGGGUGGGCGCCGCAGGUGGCCGCGCUGCGCCACCGCGCGGUGGGGUGGUUCGUCACGCACUGCGGCUGGAACUCCGUGCUCGAGGCCACGGACGCGGGGGUGGCUAUGCUGGCGUGGCCGAUGACGGCCGACCAGUUCGUGAACGCGCGGCUGCUCGUGGACGAGCUCCGCGCGGCCAUGCCCGUGAGCUGGGCCGGGCACAAGGAGGCGCCCGGCGCGGACGAGGUCGCGCGGGUGCUCGACGACGCGGUGAAUGGCCGGCGGUGGGCUGAGGUGGCCAGUCGGGUGAAGGAGCUCGCGGACGAGGCGGCGGCGGCGGCCCUGCGCCCAGGUGGCAACUCGUGGCGCGAGCUGGCGCGGGAGCUGCGCGAGCUCGGCUGCGAGCCAAGGCAGCGCACGUAG